CUCCCAGUUACAAGGGAGCACGACUGUCCCGGCUCCUACAUAUGUCGAGAAUAUAUUUCUAGGUCCAGAUUUCGACAGCGGUACCUCGGCUCGGCACCUACGUCUACCUCGACUCAGAACCCAACAUGUCCGAAUCUCUCAAAGGUAAUCGUACUCUCGAGAUCUUGUUGAAGGCUGAGAGAGAAGGAUAUGGUAUAUUGGCUCAGACUUGUUAUGAUGCUCACUCAGUCAUUGGGCUGGUACGCGCUGCUGAACGGUCCAGAUCCCCCGCUAUCCUCCAGCUCUUUCCUGUAACUUUAGCCUAUGGGAAAGGCUCUUUCCUUCAGUUUUGCUUGGAUACCGCGCACUCUGCAUCUGUUCCCAUCGCCGUGCAUCUGGAUCAUGCCACCGACAAAGAGCAUCUUGAGCUUGCAGUCGGUCUUGCUGAACAAGGCAUCGCAUUCGACAGCAUAAUGGUCGACGCCAGCCACGCGGAGACUGACGAGGAAAACAUUGAAGAGGCGCGGCCCUGGGUCGAGCGCGCACGGAAGGUUGGUGUAGCUGUCGAAGUGGAACUCGGAAGACUGGAGGGUGGGGAAGCUGGACUACGCAUGAUUUCAGGUGCAAAGCUCACGGACCCGGCCAAAGCUGACGCUUUCAUAACGGGUACCGGUGCCACCAUUCUUGCACCCUCUAUUGGCAAUCUCCACGGCUCAUACAUUAAUCCCCCGAAUUUCAACCAAGAAAUAUUGAGGCAGCUCAGAACGACCUUCAAGGGUCGUGGUGUCCCUAUCUGCUUGCACGGCACCGACGAGCUUCCUGACGAAUUAUUCAAGGAAUGCGUAAAGAGCGGUGUCAGCAAGUUCAAUGUUAACUCAUGGGGACGUGAUCCCUACGUCGAAUCUCUCACAGCUGGACUGAAGUCAAAGCCCUUCCCCGACGCGGUUGAGGAGGCUACUGAAGUCUUCGCCCAGGUGUGCGAUAGGUUUUUCGUUUUAUUUGGCUCCGUAGGCAAGGCAUAGGUUUGAUGAGAAAGGUAUUUGAUCCACGAAAUGAUGUAUACUUCUGGGGCAAAAUGUAUAUGAAUGUAGGGCCUGUAUUUAUUUGCCCGUCGUCGUCUUGCCAACCAAGUGAUAUCAGUUUCUUAUGAGUGGAUAUUCAACAGUCUCGUUUAUACGGAUCUUCAUCAUAUGUUACAUCAUUUUCUAUGUGGACAUAUGUAGAUGCGUAAUGGCCUGAUCAUUGACACUACUUGGUGACUUCGUUACCAAAUUCGAGUUCAUUAUAUUAGCACACAAUGAUUCCGAUAUAUUUACAUCGCCUGUGAUUUGAUGAAAAGAACGAAU